UUCACUCCGAGCAUUACCUUUGGUUUACGUGUUUCUUUUGGGCCCACGAGGACGGAGUGAUGUAAUCGGUUCAUCAGCUUUCACGACGUGUUUGUCAUAAGCAGUGUUACAGUGCAUCAGGAUCGCGAGAGUCCCACAGCAUCAACAGGUACUGGAGGUGCGGAGUGCGGAGUAGUGUUGCUCAGCCUCGCCUUCACGACUUUGCCUUGAUGUACAGCCAUGUGUGGAUACAGUGGCCCGCCGCCAAUUGCACGCACGAGGUGCAGGGCCCUCCAGAUGCUGCUCCUGUUACUGCUGGCCGUGGCUGCACCUGCUGCUGCGGCGCCCGUGACGUCAGCAGAGGAACCCACAAGCACCAGCACCGAGGCGACCACGGUAGGCGCUGGCGACCGGCUGCUCGAGUCUCUUACCCAGGAAGAGCGAGUGGCUUUGAUGGCGUACGAGCUGGCGGCAGCGCUGCAGCGGCUGGUGGAGCAGGAGGCGGAGGUCGGUGACGUCACAGAAGAGGCGACGGCGCGCAUCGUGACGCGGCAGGGGGACGCCUCCGACUACAGCGACACGGAGAGCGGCGAGGAGACGCCCGCCACCACGCCGCUGCACCGCGCGCUCGCGCUCCAGCCCUACAGCGCCACCACCAGCGUCGCUAAGAGCAUUUCGUUGUCGAAGACAUUUCAGUCCAUCCUAAACCGCUGGGUGCAAGCGAGGUCAAACGUUACCUACUACAAAGUCGUGAAAGUCAAUGCCAAAAUAACCAUCUGCUUUCCUUUCAACGUUUGCUUCGAAAUACAGGAUCCUUGGGGCCUAUGCUGUCCCUUCUGAACCACAGAAACACAGUUUAUGAAGCUUUUUUAUUAGUGAUAUCUGUGUUACCUGGUAGCAUGUAGAACACAGGACACAGAUACAUGUGAAACGAUUUCGAGCCUACAUAAAAAGUUUUCAUAAAGUUGUCAUCACAUAGACAACAACUGUGUUCAUAUAUGAGAAGACACUGAGAAUAUUUGUGCUGAUAUUUUUGGUUGUGGUAGUUCAUACUUUUUUAUGCUGUAGUACUAAUUG